AAUUAUUAAUAAUGCAACUACUGAAACACAUUUCAAUGCACACAAUCCAGUCAUCCAGAAACGAGAUUUUCUCACUUUAAUUACCAAUGUUUCCAUUUCUUCUUGUUAUUCUCCUCUUGUUGUCAUGGAGCACUUCAGCUCAUCAUCCUCCAGAGGAAUUUCUUCAUUGCCUCUCCUUUCAUUUUAAGAACCACUCUUCUAUUGCAAAAGUCAUUUACACGCCAAAUAAUUCUUCGUACUUCUCAGUUUUGAAGUCUGCUGCUCAAAAUCUUAGGUUCUCCACACCAUCUACCCCUACACCUUUGGCAAUUGUAACACCACUGGACGCAUCCCACAUCCAAGCAACAAUUUAUUGUUCAAGAAAACAUGGACUACAAAUCAGAACUCGAAGUGGUGGUCAUGACUUUGAGGGUCUUUCUUAUACAUCCAAAGUUCCAUUUAUCGUGAUUGAUUUGGUCAAUCUUCGAUCAAUUGACGUUAACGUUGAAAAACAAACUGCAUGGGUUGAAUCUGGUGCAACUAUUGGUGAAUUGUACUAUGAAAUUGCUCAAAGAAGUAGAACUCUUGCCUUCCCAGCUGGUAUUGGCCUCAAUGUGGGUAUUGGUGGGCAUUUCAGUGGAGGAGGCUAUGGCUUACUGUUUCGGAAAUAUGGUCUUGCUGCAGAUAAUGUAAUUGACGCUCAUGUAAUUGAUGUUAAUGGGAGAAUUCUUGAUAGAAAAUCCAUGGGAGAAGAUUUGUUCUGGGCUAUUAGAGGAGGGGGUGGGGGUAGUUUCGGGAUUGUCCUUACAUGGAAAAUAAAAUUAGUUCCAGUUCCGGCAAAUGUUACUGUUUUUACAGUCCGCAAAACAUUGGAACAAAAUGCGACUAAGCUUAUUCAUCAUUGGCAAUAUAUUGCACACAAGCUUCCGGAAGAAAUACACAUGAGCAUCACAAUAUCGAGGGUGAACUCAAGUGCUCAAGAUGAGAAGAUGACAAUUCAAGCAUUUUUUAGUACCAUGUUUCUUGGAGGCAUUGAUAAGCUUAUUCCUUUGAUGCAAGAGAGAUUCCCUGAACUUGGAGUGGUGAAAGAAGACUGCCUGGAAAUGAGUUGGGUUGAGUCUAAUCUCUACUUUGCCCAAUAUCCAAAAGGAGCACCAUUGAAAAUUUUACUUCUGAGGAGUUACAAAUCUCCUCUUUCCAAUUUGUUCUUCAAAGCAAAAUCUGACUUUGUAAAACAGCCUAUUCCCGAAACCGCGUUUAAAGGGUUGUGGCCCAAGUUUUACGAGAAAGAAGCAAAAUCUGCAGUUGCGGUGUUGGUAGCUUGUGGAGGGAAAAUGGAUCAGAUUCUUGAGACUGAAACUCCAUAUCCUCACAGGGCUGGCAACAUCUACAGCAUCUUAUACGUGUUGGAUUGGGAAGAAAAACAAAAUAUAAACUCAGUAAGGUUCAUAGGUUGGAUGAGGAAAGUUUACAAAUACAUGACCCCAUACGUCUCAAAAUCUCCACGAGAAGCAUAUGUUAAUUACAGAGAUCUUGAUAUUGGGACUAAUAACAAAGACAAAAGCUACGGCCAUGCCCGUAUUUGGGGUCUCAAAUAUUUUAAAAACAACUUCGAUAGAUUGGUGCGUGUAGAGACAAUAAUUGAUCCCGAAAAUUUCUUCAGGAAUGAACAAAGCAUCCCUCCUCUUUAGGCUUUGCGAAAGAAGCGACAAGCUGCAGGAGCAACCUCAAUAGCAAUGGAAGCUUAAUUGUAGAAUUUCUGAG